GUGGCCAGGGAUGGGGUGCUGGCCGACUUCGAGGGAGGCUUCCUCAAGAAGUUCAGGGCCAGGUACCCCGACAAGCCCUACAUUGCCCUGGAGGACCGGAGGGGCUUCUGGGUGUCGGAGCAAUACGGGCGCCUGGGACCUGAGCUGAGUGAGAAGGCCAUUAGCAUCUGGGAAUCGAAGAACUUCUUCAUCGAGCUGGACCCGCUCCCCGGGGCUGUGGAAGCUGUGAAGCAAAUGGCAAAUUUGGCAGACACCGACGUGUUCAUCUGCACAAGCCCAAUCAAGAAGUACCGCUACUGCCCUUACGAGAAGUACGCCUGGGUGGAGAAGCACUUCGGCCCCGAGUUCCUCGAGCAGAUCGUUUUGACGCGAGAUAAGACGGUGGUUUCUGCUGACCUGCUUAUAGACGACAGACCUGAUAUAACAGGGGCUGAGCUGAACCCCAGCUGGGAGCACGUGCUCUUCACGGCCUGCCACAACAAGCACCUGCAGCUGAAGCCCCCCAGUCGCAGGCUGCAGUCCUGGACCGAUGACUGGAAGGCCAUUCUGGACAGCAAACGCCUGCCGCCCGGCCGGGCCACCUAA